UCCUUCUCACCCCCUCGCACAUGUAGGUGCACUGUACACAAGUGUUUAUAGCUUGUGUGACGCUCUGAGGACAGAUCUGCGGGGGGAAAAACACAUCAAGGGGGAAAACGUGGAGAAUCCUCUAAUCCUCCGGGCAGACAAAGAAACUCAGCUGUCCCAUUAAUCGGCUCACAAUGAAGCCGGUGUUAGUCCUCCUUGUUUCCACGGCCUGGACUUUCACAGGAGCCCAGUAUUAUUACCAGGGGUUGAUGGAUUAUCUCGACAACAGAUUGAUGGCUAUUGAGGACCGUAUACAGUUUUGGCAGGAACAAUCCCACCGCUACCACACAGAGCUGCAGGAUUUCAAGAAGCUAACUGGUGAGACCAUGGACGGGCUGAGGAAUGAGCACAGCAUGCUGUCCCAGGACCUGAAAGGAGCUGCAGUGCGAGUGGACCGGGUGGAGCGAGAGAUGGACUACGUGGAAUCCCAGACUUCGCCGCGGGCCUGUGCGAACAAGGCAGACAAGGUGGUGGAGCAGGGGGUCUGGGGGCUGGAGGAGAGGAGAGGAGAGGAAGAGGAGGAAGAAGACUGGGAGGAGCUGCACUCCAGAGUCUCCGACUGUGUGGAAAUCAUCUCUGGCAUCAGAUCAGUGAAGAUCCUGAAGAGAGUGGGCAGCCCCAAGGGCAUGUGGACCAGAGACCCCAGGUCCUCCAAGGUGUAUGUUUUUAAUGGGACAUCAGGAGACAUUAUCUACCAGUUCAACUCUGUACGUGACUUUUCCCGCUCUCCGGGCGUCAAUGGCAGCAGGCAGAUCAGGCUGCCGUCUGAGUGGAGCGGCCCUGGCAGCGCUGUUUAUAACGGCUAUUUGUACUACGUCAACCAGGAGGCUGAUACAGAGGUGCAGGUGGUCAAAUAUGACUUGCUUAGUGGCUCGGUGACAGAUACUGCCAUGUUGCCAGUGGACAGCCACACCACUGUUUACAACCUCAACCCGGAGACUGUUGCCGACCUCGCAGCAGACGAUGAGGGCCUCUGGCUCCUGUACGCCAGCAGUGACAGUGAACCAAACAUCAACCUUGCGAAGAUGGACCCUGCCACGCUCGAUAUAGAACAAAUCUGGGACACUCGUUGCCCAAGGGAGAACGCAGAGGCGGCUUUCGUGGUCUGUGGGACUGUCUAUGUCGUUUACAACACCCGCCUGGCCAGCCGCUCCCGGGUCCAGUGUGUGUUUGACGUCAACGACGUGGUCAUCACCGAGGAGGCGCCGCUGCUCUACUUCCCCAGGAGGUACGGAGCCCACACUAGCCUGAAAUACAACCCCGAGGAGAAACAGCUCUAUGGCUGGGAUGAUGGCUACCAAAUCAUUUACAGACUGACCAUGAAGAGGAAACUCCUGGUUUGACAGCAGGGAAGUGGUGUCAUGUUUUCAAAGGCAAGGAGAAAAAAUAAGAGCAGUGAAUUUGUUAUGCUAUCCACCUUAUUCCUAACCUCAUGAUACCUUGCCUGUAAAACUCCUUUAACUGAACAGGCGUCUUCGAUAGUUAACUUAUGUGCAACCUGUGUUCCCGUUUUUCUUUUUUUUUUUGAGGGGGAAGGGAUUUUUUGGAAAUAAAUGAUGUGUGAAUGCAGACCGUCUGACCUUAAAGGAAAAGUUUGAGCAUGUCUGGAAAUGCACUUAUUCGCUGAGUUAGAUGAAAAGAAUGAUACCACUCUCGUGUCUGUAUGGUUUUUACACUUUUUUUUAAAGUAUAGAUUAAAUGAACGAGAUAUAACGUGUUGAUAUGUGAGCUUUAGAGGAGCUAGGAGAUGGAUUUCUGUUACCCUUGGACAAAGACAGGCUAGCUGUUUCCCCCUUGUUUCCGGUCUCCGUGCUAAGCUAAGUUAACUGGCUGCUGUCGCCGG